AUGGGGUGUGACAUCUGUUGCAUUACCUUUCGUACUCACCGGGGCUUACUGCGCCAUAAUGCAGUUAUCCACAAGCAGCUUCCCAGAGAUCCCAUGGGAAAGCCUUUCAUUCAGAACAACCCUUCAAUUCCAGCAGGCUUCCACGACUUGGGAUUCACGGACUUCUCCUGUAGGAAGUUCCCCCGCAUUUCUCAGGUCUGGUGUGAAACAAAUUUGCGAAGGUGCAUCAGUGAUUUCCAUCGAUUUAUUUGCGAGAUGUGUAACAAGGCAUUCCCCAUGCUUUCUGCACUCAAACUGCACACAGAAACUCACGUGGUGGAUCAGGGAAAAGACAAGCACAAGCCACAGUCCAUGACCCCACCUGGUGAGAACCCAGACCAGAAAGCCUUCAUGGCAUCCUUGGGCCUACAAUACACCAAAGACAUCAAGCCUGUCAAGCAGGAGGACAAUACACAAGAUGAGGUCCAAGAAAUGCGGCUCAGAGCACUGAAGAGUAACCUACCUCAGGAACCCGGCAGCACCAGUCUGCUCAGCCUCUCUCCUCUGGAAGCUGCCUCCAUGGGAGGGUCAUUUUCAGUCCUUCCCCCUACAAAAGAAAACAUAAAGCUUCUCUCACUGCAACCUUUCCAGAAGGGUUUUAUUAUCCAGCCUGACAGCAGUAUUGUGGUGAAACCCAUCUCCAACGAGUCUGCCAUUGAGCUGGCAGACAUUCAGCAGAUCUUGAAGAUGGCUUCUUCUGCUCCUCCUCAAAUCAGUCUUCCUCCACUUUCUAAGGCACCUUCUGUCCCCGUGCAGUCGAUUUUCAAGCAUAUGCCACCACUAAAGCCAAAGCCUUUGGUAACGCCCCGAACAGUUGUCGCAACCUCUACACCUCCUCCUCUUAUCAGUGCCCAGCAAGCCUCCCCUGGCUGCAUUAGCCCAAGUCUCCCACCUCCCCCUCUGAGGCUGAUCAAGAACUCUGUGGAGUCUGCCUCCAACUCUCAUCUCCCCCAGCCAGGAGCCAAAUCAAGUCCUUCUUCGCAGUUGCUCCUCCAACCCAAAGUAGAGCCUUUAACUCAGCAUGAGAUGAAGACACAGCUGGAGCAGGACAGCAUCAUUGAAGCUCUCCUGCCUCUAAGUAUGGAAGCCAAGAUCAAGCAAGAAGUCACAGAAGGGGACCUCAAAGCCAUCAUCGCAGGGGCAGCGAACAAGAAGACCCCGACCAUGAGGAAGGUGUUGUACCCCUGCCGCUUCUGUGACCAGGUGUUUGCCUUCUCUGGUGUCCUGAGGGCUCACAUCCGUUCUCACUUAGGUAUUUCCCCGUAUCAGUGCAACAUCUGUGACUACAUCGCGGCAGACAAGGCGGCGCUGAUCCGGCACCUGCGGACGCACAGCGGGGAGAGGCCUUACAUCUGUAAAAUCUGCCACUACCCGUUCACAGUGAAAGCCAAUUGUGAGAGGCACCUGCGAAAGAAGCACCUCAAAACCACCAGGAAGGAUAUCGAGAAGAACAUUGAGUAUGUCACCAGCAAUGCUGCAGAGAUGGUGGAUGCCUUCUGCUCCCCGGACACGGUGUGCAAGCUGUGUGGAGAGGACCUGAAGCACUACCGGGCCCUGCGCAUUCACAUGCGGACGCACAGCGGCUGCCAGAAGAAGAAGCCAUUCGAGUGCAAGGAGUGUGGCACGGCCUUUUCGGCCAAGAGGAAUUGCAUUCACCACAUCCUCAAGCAGCACUUGCAUGUGCAGGAAAAGGAGAUUGAGAAUUACAUCUUAAUGGUGGACUGCAGUGCCCAGGAAAGCCAGACAGACCCUUCUUUGUUGGACGACAGCACUUACAUGGACCACAAGCCCAUGACGCCUUUCCUGGAGCCACAAAAUGGCUUCUUACUGGGAACAUCACCUCACGUUUCCAUCAAACGUGAACCUGUGGGCAACUUUCCCAUGGAUUUUGAUGAGCCAUUGGAUUUCUCUCAGAAGAGCAAAAGCCUGAGUGCUGUGCAGGUGAAGCAGGAGAACCUCUUUGGUUCAUCUCUGUCCCUUUAUGACUGUUCCAUGGAGCCUAUCGACCUGUCCAUCCCCAAAAUCCUGAAGAAGGAUAAAGAUGAUGUCCCCUGCGAAGUCCGGAAUCAAGAGCUGGCUGCUUCUGGGAACAGUGAUUUAGCCUAUAACUGUCUGCAGUGUCCUUUGGUUUUUGGUGCCAAUGGGAACUCAGAAACAAACCGGGGUGUCAGACACCCCCAGCCACUGAAAGGUUCGUUGCAUUUGACUGUCCCGAUCAUUUCCCCGGCUCUCGCUGGCAAUUCUGCCUUGCUGAGACCCCUGAGGCCUAAACCACCACCACCACCUCUCUUGCCAAAGCCUUCAGUAACUAAAGAGCUGCCACCAUUGGCUUCCAUUGCACAGAUCAUUUCAUCUGUGUCUUCUGCUCCCACUUUGCUGAAAACAGAGGCUGCAGACGCCAGUCCCAAGGCAGUGAGCAGCUCCACUGGGUGUGACAAAUCAGGGAAUGCCAAAGCUAAAGUGACAAUCGUGACCACCGUUCAGAGAGACUCCAGCCUGCCCAGUGACCUGUCUCAGGCUUGUGAUCCAGAGCAGUCCCCCGUUGCUGAUGCUGGGUUGACUAAGAAAAGAGGUAGAAAGAAAGGAACGAAAAAUAAGCCUAAACUUAGCAGUAGUGUGGAUCUGGAGUCUAGUGGGGAAUUUGCCAGCAUAGAGAAGAUGUUGGCUACCACAGACACUAACAAAUUUAGCCCAUUUCUGCAGUCCACUGACAAUUUCAAGGAAGAAAGUGGCAGAAAUGGAGCAAGUGAGGAUGAGAAGGAAACUGCCAAGGAUAAGCUGCUGAGAGGGAAGAGGAAUGCUUACUCAGACUGCCUGCAAAAUAUCCCCUGUCCUUACUGUCCUCAAGUCUUUCCAUGGGCACAUGCCCUGCAGCGGCACAUGCUCACUCACACAGAGAGCCAGGUGGAUGCAGAGACACUAGCUGCAGGAAACAAAGUCCUGAACCUGAGCUACGGCGAGAAGGGGCAGUCAGAGGAAAUGACAGAGCUACCAGAGAGUGAGUGCGGCCCCAAGGAGGAGCAGAAGGCUGACUCCCUUCUGGCAGAAGAGGAUGCUGAAGAAAAAGUGGAUGGAUAUGAAGAGGGCCCUGAGGAAGAUUCUGUAAGUAACAAAAGUCUUGACCUCAAUUUUGCCAGCAAAUUAAUGGACUUCAAGCUGGCAGAGAGUGACCAGAGUGCAGGCAGCAGUUCUCAGACUGAAAGGAAACAUGCCUGUGACAUUUGUGGCAAAACCUUCAAGUUUGCUGGCACUCUUAGCCGUCACAAAAAGGCCCACAUUCGUGAGGACAGAAAGGAUGAAAGGAGCAGUGAGGAUGAAAGCAAAAGCAUUCAGGAUGGUGCAGGAGCUCCCUCGAUGCAGGACUCUGCUCUUGAGCAGGAAGAGUCUCCGUUGGACUUGAAGGUAGUGGAGUCUCCUGUGGACUUUGAGGCAACAGGAAAGGAGAAUGAAGAGAGCGAAAGCAUCUCUGAGGGGGAAGGCACAGAGAGAAAGUCCACUGAGAAGAGCAGUGAUGACAAACCAAAGACUGAUGGGGCUAAGAGUACUGCAAAAGCAGACAAAAGAAAGAAAGUCUGUACUGUGUGCAACAAGCGUUUCUGGUCUCUGCAAGAUCUGACGCGACAUAUGCGGUCUCAUACAGGCGAGAGACCUUACAAGUGUCAAACCUGCGAACGGACCUUCACUCUGAAGCACAGCCUGGUCCGUCACCAGCGCAUCCACCAGAAAGUCAGAAAUGCCCGGAACCACGGGAAGGAGAGCGACAGGGAGGAGACGCAGUCGAGGUGCGGAGAAGACAGCGAGAACGAGUCCAGCCACAGCGGCGCCAACCCCAUCUCCGAGAGCGAGUGCGACUCGGGCGGCGCGGGCAGCCGGAGCGAGCCCCUGGCCGCAGCGGGCACCGACCGCCCCUGCGCAGAGGAGAGCGGCACCCGCCUCGCCGAGCCCAGCAAGAAGCACACGGCGAAGGAGCAGGAACCGCGGGGCAGCUCCGAGCACGAGAGGCCCUCGGGUUUCAUCCAGGACCUGCUGGAGAUGCGCAACGCGCCCUCUCCCAUGAAUCACAUCCUGGCCUCUGCGGACAGCGCGCCGCAGCUCUUGGGGGUGGAGUGACUUGCUGGGAGGUUGGACCCGUCUCAGCAGGCAAACUGGAGCCAGCAGAGCGAGGUUUCUGGAGUCUGGUUUUGGAAGAGCGACCUUACAGCUACGGGGAGAGUAUGGCAGACUGGACGUGGUGCCAUAUGCCUUUCAGUAUAAUAAUGCAAGAGACUACAGUAUAUACUGAUUUGAGUGCCUUACUACUUUAUUAGAUCUUUUGGUAUUAUAGAUUUUUUCAAAAAUGAUUUUAAUAUUUUAAAGAAUUAUUUGGAGAGGACCCUUUUUCAUUUAAGCAUUAAUGUUACCUUUUGUACCGGUGUGCGUGAGCUUGUUCUUGUAUAUCUGUGAUAGUCGCUGUGUUUGUUCUCUGAGCUGGAAAUGGGGCAGUGGGGUGGGAGGCCCUUGGAUACCAUAGCCAAUAACUGGAAGAAAAAUGAUGUGAAUUUCAUAUGAAAUAGUCAGAGGAGAUGCAGAGGAGACAUUGAUUUAUUUUUUUUUUUUCCUCAGUAGAUAUUCUUGCAUUUGCCACAUGGUGGAGCAUUAAGCCUGUUCCAGGCCUGAACAACGUGGCAGUUGAAGGUGUUCAAAGUGGUUCAAGCCAAGAGCAGGAAACACAAAUUAAUUUCAACCUCAUGCUUGUUUCCACUUUUCAGCAUUAGAAGUGGUCUUCUGAAUCCUAGGGGUUUUUUCUGGCCAUCACGGACUGAGCAUGUAUACAGAGAAGAGUUACAUAGCAACGUAACCUAUGGAAAUUAUGCACCCGCUGUUACAUAUGUUUGAUUUGCUUCAGUAUAUUAUUAUUAUUAUUAUUAUUUUAUUAUUAUUUUAUAAAUCCAUCAGUUCGCUUGUCUCUGCAGUCAGCAGAAGCCAAUGGGCAAUAUUUGCCCACGGAGAUGCGUAGCGCAGCUUGGAUCCCGUCUCGGAGUGUUCUUGACCCAUUGCUUUCACCAGCUCCUCCUCCUCCUGUUGUUGCAGCUCUUCUACUGUACUUUACAUGAGCCCCUUCCUCCGCCCCGAGCGUCCCGCGGAGGCCAGCGAGGUGCUGUCCCCUGUCCCCGCGUGGGGCCACAUCUC